AUGAUCAAGAGGCGCUACUUCAGGCAAGACCACGGCGACAAUAGCGCCUCCUCGUCCUCCUCCUCGUCGGGUUCAGAUUCGGACCGCGACCCCGCGGAAGAAGAGGUCUCGGAGGAGGAAGUAGAAGAGGAUCAAGAACAAGUAAAAGAAGAAGAAGAUGAUGAUGAAGAAGCGGAGGUGGAGUCGGGGGAAGAACAGGAAACGGAAGUAGAUGAGCAGGCGGAAGAUGAGGGUUCAGGAUACCAAAGUGAGGAUAGCUCUGGACAUCAUGUUGAUAGUCCUUGUGCAGAUGAGAACAGCAGUCUGGUGUAUGAACAAUACCAAGCAAUCAGUUUGCCUGUUAAGAAAGCAUCAAGUGGUGAUGCUGAUUCUGCCAAAGGUGCUGUUAACAAGGAUGACGCUGUUGAGGUCGAUUUCAGUAACUACAUUCUGAAGUGCAAAUCUGUGUAUAAGUGCAAGCUUUGUCCCAGAAUCAUGUGCUUAAGUGAGGAGAUGGUCAGGGUACAUCUUGAAUCAAAGAGACAUGCUCGAUCAAAGAAACUACUGGGAGAAGGUAGGCUUAAGAUGGUGCUCAACAGUGAUGGUGAGCUGGAGGAGGAGGCAGAGACACAUGCUGAACGACAUGCCCGAACUAUAGCUCUUGCUCAGGUGUUGGCACUCGUUGAAAUUACUGAUUUUGUGCAACAGAAAUGUUUUCUAAAUCUGGAUUUGUAUUUCAUAUGGAAUUUAAUCUGUUUAUACCUGCUAAAUGUUCAGCAAGUACAAAAGCCCAAGAAGGAUUCAGGCAGGCAGCGACAAAAUCGGAGAAGACAGAAGAGGUCGCAGAAUCGUCUCAAGGACAAAGACCAGAGACACAACUCUGGAAAGGAAGGUGCAAGGCCGAACAAUGGAACUGCUGAUAAGAAAAUACCGAAUAUUGAAACUGCUGCUAAGAAAAUGCCGAAUCUUGAAACUGCUGCUAAGAAAAGGCGCAAGACUGAAAAAUAA